UCUACGCUCCGUAAUAUCAUCAAAAGGUUCAGAGAAUCUGGAGAAAGCAUCAAAAAGCGACAUCAGUGUGUAAAGGAUAUCACCACAUGGGCUCAGGAACACUUCAGAAAACCACUGUCAGUAACUACAGUCGGUCGCUACAUCUAAUCUAAACAUGAGCAGUCGAAGGAAAAAGGCGCCCCCCGUGAAGGUGGAUGAGGAUGCUAAAAAGAGGCUGGACUGGAACAUGCUGGAGGACCGGCGGAACGAAGAGAUCCAGGAGAGCGAUGACCAAACCCCGACAUGCUCCGGUCUCACUGCCGGGCCCUCGCUCGACAUCCCCGUCGGCUCGCCUCAGUUGGCCGAGGAAUUUCCCAGCUCCUCCGCGUCCCUGGCGCUGGCCGUGCCGCCCGCCUCGCGACUGGGCCACGUCUGGAAGGCUCUCAUCGGGGAGUUCCGCGUCCGUACGGCUUGGCUCCCGCCCGACCACGACCGCAGGGCGUUCACGUUGCACAAGAUGGAGGAGCAGCUGUGCGUCAGCUUCGGCGGCGCCGAGGAGCCCGCCGAGACGCCCCAUGGCGACACCUGCACGGCGGAGUGCAGCCUCACUCGGAUCCCGCUGGAGGAUUUGGACUGGCUGCAGAAGAGAAGGGUGGUGCAGCUUAGUCAUGAAGAAGAAGACAACUCCUUCAAGGUGGGGAUUUACUUUCUUGAAAGCGCAUUAGGGAAGCCGGACUUCCUCAGCGAGGGCAACGCUCGCAAGAAGAAAGCCAAUCAGCUGGUGCAGAAGACCAUGGCGUAUUUUUAUGACUUCACCAUCCCCGAAGCGGUGGACAACGAGGAGGGGGAAUGCGACACCGACCUGGAGAGGCAGAACGUGGAGGAGCUGUACGACCACGUCAGGCGCGUGCGUCAGGCGGAGAGCCGGGAGGAGAGCUUUGACGUUCAACACCAGGCUCUCCUCCCCGUCCUCAGGCCCUACCAGAGCCAGGCCGUCAACUGGAUGCUGAGGAGGGAGAAGUUCCGGAACACGUCCUCCAAAGAGCACUCACUGCAUUUCCUGUGGCGUGAGUUGGUGACCAUGUGCGGCAAGAAGCUCUUCUACAACCCUUUCACCGGCUGUCUCAUCCGUGGCUUCCCCCUCGCCGGCGUGGAGCGGCCCGGCGGGAUCCUGGCCGACGAGAUGGGCUUGGGAAAGACGGUAGAGGUCCUCGCCCUCAUUCUCUCUCACAGCCGGCAGGACGUCCGGCAGGAGGCGCUCACCCUGCCUGUGGGACAGUGUGUGAAUUAUUUUGUGCCUCCUCCGCCGCUGGAGACAGAGAAAAUCAUCCAUUGUAAGCAGGAAGUGCCGCCUAAAACAAGAAUCUCUCACCCGGCCGUCCGCUUGAUGCUGUUGACCGCCAUCAAGGAAAUGCGCUCAGGCAAAGGUGCCUCCAUCAACGCCGUCUUCACGUACAUCCGCGCCACGUACGGCUACGACCUGCUGAAGAACCGCAGCCACAUGAAGAAGACGUUGGCCAAGCUGAUGGAGGAGGGCAUGGUGACGCAGGUCAAAGGGCGUGGCUUGGCGGGCUCCUUUCGGCUAGGGAAGAACUACAGGGAGACCAAGAAGACCAGUCCUGGAACUCCCAAAUCUAAUAUGAAACACACAGGAGAAAGUUCGCCCAGGAGAUCCUUCCGGAGACUAGCGAAAGAGAAAGCGGAAGCAGCUCUUCAAAGCUCCAACACAAGUGACGAUCCAAGCGACGCAAACAUCUCCGGAUCAGACGGUGCCAAGUGGGAGAACAGCGAGGGACAUCAGGAGCCGGACGGGAUGUUUGAGAGCCAAACAUCGAACUGCCUGGAAGAAGCUCCCGUCAGGGCGUCCAUGGUCCCUUUCAACACUGCGGACUACAGGUUUGAGUGCUUCUGCGGCGAGCUGGGCAUCGUGGACUACAAAGCCCGCGUGCAGUGCUUGAAAUGCCUGCUGUGGCAGCAUGCAGACUGUGUCAACUACAAGGAGGAGAGCCUGGAGACCACCCCCUUCUACUGCCCCCACUGCCUGGUGGCCAUGAAGCCCGUCUCCACGGGGGCCACGCUCAUCAUCUCCCCCAGCUCCAUCUGCCACCAGUGGGUGGAGGAGAUCAACCGCCACGUCAAGUCCUCCUCGCUGCGGGUGCUGGUGUACCAGGGCGUGAAGAAGCACGGCUUCAUCCAGCCGCACAUGCUGGCGGAGCAGGACGUGGUCAUCACCACCUACGACGUGCUGCGCUCUGAGCUCAACUACGUGGACAUCCCGCACAGCAACAGCAAGGACGGGCGCCGCUUCCGCAACCAGAAGCGCUACAUGGCGGUGCCCAGCCCCCUGGUGGCCGUGGAGUGGUGGCGCAUCUGUCUGGACGAGGCUCAGAUGGUGGAGUGUCCCACCGCCAAGGCUGCAGAGAUGGCUCUGCGUCUUGCGUCGGUCAACCGCUGGUGUGUCAGCGGCACGCCAGUCCAAAGGGGCCUGGAAGACCUUUAUGGCCUUGUACUCUUCCUGGGAGUUGAUCCGUAUUGGGUCAAACACUGGUGGGACCAGUUGCUCUACAGACCCUAUCGCCGUGGAAACACCGAGCCGCUUUACGGCGUCAUCGCUCAGCUGCUGUGGCGAUCGGCGAAGAAGGACGUCAUUGAUCAGAUCCAGAUCCCGGCACAGACGGAAGAGGUCCACUGGCUGCAUUUCUCCCCGGUGGAGGGUCACUUCUACCACCGCCAACACGAGGUCUGCUCCCAGGACGCCGUGGUCCAACUCCGGAAGAUCUCCGACUGGAGCCUGAAACUGGGCAGCCUGGACCGCCGCACGGUCACCACCAUCCUGUGCCCGCUGCUGAGGCUCCGCCAGGCCUGCUGCCACCCGCAGGCCGUGCGCGGCGAGUUUCUGCCUCUGCAGAAAAGCACCAUGACGAUGGAGGAGCUCCUCAAGUCCCUGCAGAAGAAAUGUCGAGUGGAGUGUGAAGAAGCCCACAGACAAUUGGUGUGCGCUCUCAACGGCCUAGCGGGAAUCCACAUUAUCAGAGAUGAGUUUGAGCAGGCGGCCGAGAUGUACCGAGAAGUGCUGCGUUCAUCAGAGGAGCACAAAGGCCGGCUGAAAACCGAUUCAUUGCAGAGACUUCACGCCACUCACAAUUUGAUGGAGCUGCUGAACGCAAAGCAUGCUGGGAUGCCUCCCACUCUCAGAGAUGACCGGCUCAGCGAGGAGGCUGAGCAGCUGCGGCAGCACUACAUGACCAAGUACGACUCUGAGGUGGCGGACGCUCAUCAGGCCCUGCAGCCGGUCCUGCAGAACAUCAAGGAGCUGAAGCGCAAAGUGAAACUGAGCUCCCUCUGGUGGCUAGAAGUGGUUCAGCGGGCGAUCCGCUGCUCCACAGACGAGGACCUGGUGGGCCGCGUGAAGAACGAGUUGACGUCCAGCUACAAGCAGCAAGAACACAAACUCUCCAUGGCUGACAAGUUCCGUGACGGCAGCGGCCUGCAGUUCCUGCUCACCACUCAGAUGGAGGACCUGACCAAGUCCCAGAAGAUGGUGCGGGAGGCCGUGAAGAGCCUGGAAGGUCCCAUGUCCAAGAAUGUGAUUGACGAGGCCAUCGCGUGUCACCUGCGGCCGACGCGACUGCCGCUUAAUAACUGCGUGUUUUGCAAAGCUGACGAGCUUUUCACCGAUUAUGAAUCCAAACUCUUCUCGCACACGGUGAAAUGUCAGACGGCCAUCUUUGAGGAGAUGAUCGAGGAUGAAGAGGGACUGGUGGACGACCGCCUGCCCACCACCAGCAGGGGUCUGUGGGCGGCCAGCGAGACGGAGCGCACGCUGAAGGCCAUCCUGUCCUUCGCCAAGGCCAAGCGCAUGGACCCGGAGCUGGUGGAGGAGGGAAACACCUUCAUGGAACUCUUUGAGACCUGGAAGAAGGAGUACAAGGUGUUGCACGAGUACUGGAUGGUCCUGCGGAAUCACGUGUCGGCGAUAGAUGAGCUGGGAAUGGCCACUGAGAGGCUACGCGUGCGUCUUCCCGACGAGCCCAAGCCAAAGCUGCUGCACAUCAUCGAGCCGCAUGAGGUGGAGCAGAACAGAGUGAAGCUCCUCAACGACCAAGCGGUGGCAAAGUCUCAGCUCCAGAAGAAGCUGGGACAGUUUUUGUACCUCACAAACCUGGAGAAGUCCCAGGACAAGUCCACCGGCGGCCUGAACCCGGAGCCGUGUCCCAUCUGCGCUCGUCCGCUGGGACAGGAGUGGGCGGUGCUGACCUGCGGCCACUGCUUCUGCAACCAGUGCAUCGCCAUCAUCCUGGAGCAGUACAGCAUGGGCUCUCGGCGCCGCGCCAUCAAGUGCGCCAUUUGCAGGCAGACCACGUCGCACGCCGAGAUCUCUUACGUGUUCACCGCCGAGUCGUCCAGCCUGGACCAGGACAUGCCCGUUAAGGGGAGCCACUCCACCAAGGUGGAAGCCGUGGUGAGAACCCUGAAGAAGAUCCAAGUGAGCGAUCCCGGAGCCAAGUGUCUGGUCUUCUCCACGUGGCAGAGCGUCCUGGACAUCAUCGCCAAGGCGCUGUUCGACAACAACAUGGAGUUCUCGCAGAUCAACGGCAUCCACAAAUUCCAGGAGAACCUGAGCUCCUUCAAGUACGAGAAGAACAUCAACAUCCUCCUGCUGCCUCUGCACACGGGCUCCAACGGCCUCAACAUCAUCGAGGCCACGCACGUGCUGCUGGUGGAACCCAUUCUCAACCCCGCGCACGAGCUGCAGGCCAUCGGACGCGUGCACCGCAUUGGACAAACCAAGCCGACGUUUGUGCACAGGUUCCUCAUCAAGUCCACCAUUGAGGAGAGAAUGCAGGCGAUGCUCAAGACUGCAGAGAAGAGUCACAGCAGCGCCGCCAUGAAGCACUCGGAGGCCGCCGUGCUGACGGUGGCUGAUCUGGCCGACCUGUUUACCGAAGAGGCGGAGCCUCUGGAGUGACGCCUCGACUACCCAUGAUGCACUGCUCAGCCCCGCGGUGAAGGACUCUCUUUUAAUUUUUUGCACAUCCUCAGUUUUAUACAGCUCGGAAUCAAAAAGACGAAGCGAGAUAUUUUUAAGUUGAAAUGUUUUUGUCCCUGUGUUGACUUCACGACCUUUUCAUGGAUUAAACGCUCGCUUUGUAGAGCUGCUGGCAGGAAGAAGAUCCAUGGUGUUACUUUAAAAGCAGGGGUGUCCAAAGUGCGGCCCCUGGGCCUUUUGCGGGCCCCGGCUCAUUUUUUGUUUUAUAUUUUGAAAAUACUAUUACAAUAAACAUUAAAGGUGGAAUCAAAGAGUAGACAGGAGAAAUUUAAGGAGAACAUGUUGCAAUGUGGACUCAAAUAAUACAAAAUAAUAAUACAAAUAUAUAAUUUAAUCAAAUAUUUCAUUUUGAUAUAUUUAUGGAAAAUGUUUUAUUUGUAUUUUUUACAAAAAAGGGCAUAAAAACUUAA